UGGGGGGGGGGGUUGAUACCUUUGCGUGCUCUUGUCACCGUCCCACCUCCUUGCUCGUCGUAUGUCAUCAGCAGCUGUUGAGAAGGUUGGACCUUCGCUGUUCGGAAAUGCUCCCGAGAGGGGCUGCCCGGGGCAGUUCGCCUGCUGCGCGCUUGAGGGUUCUAGAACCCUGAUGCCCCGGGACGUUCUAGAACGCUGCGGGUUUCGAACGUUCUGCGCUGGAAUCCUCGAACGUUCUGCGCCGGACUUGCUCUAAUAUCUUGGGACUCUUUGGCCCCUUCCGUGGGGGUCCCGUCGGGCCGCGCUGAAAUUCUUCGAUCUCUGUGCGGUUGUCCGCCUUCACUCGACACCACCAUGAUCGUGGCAGACCCGGAGAGUUGUGAAGCCGCCGAAGUCCGGGGCUAUUUACGCGGCGAGAACUGCAGAGGGUUGCGGAGUAAAGAGGAGAGGGGGAUAAAACUAGGACGAAGCCCAAGUUCUUUCAUCCCAGUGGAAGAGAUCUUACAAGAAGGAGCAGAGAGCGCCCGGCGCCACCUCUUCAUUGAGGCCUUUGUUUCAACAGGCAAGGUGGAUAACAUUACUAUGGUCAUGGGGCUACAUCCUGAGUACCUGACCAGCUUCUGGAAGACCCAGUACCUCCUGCUGCGGAUGGAUGGUCCUUUGCCUUAUCACAAGCGACACUACAUUGCAAUCAUGGCUGCUGCUAGACAUCAGUGUUCAUACCUGGUGGGCUUCCACAUGGGCGAGUUCCUGCAGGUGGGUGGUGAUCCAGAGUGGCUGCGCGGCUUGCGGUAUGCCCCACAGAAACUGAGGAACUUGAAUGAAAUCAACAAGAUCCUGGCCCACCGGCCCUGGCUAAUUACUAAGGAACACAUUGAGGCGCUUCUGAAAACAGGGGAAAACAGCUGGUCUCUGGCAGAACUCAUCCAGGCUUUGGUGCUCUUGACACACUACCAUUCUCUGGCCUCCUUUGUAUUCGGCUGUGGGAUCAAUCUGGAGAUUGACCAAGAUGGAGGCCAUGCUUUCCAGCCACCUUCACCGUGCAGUUGUGACAGCAGCCCAGGCUCUGACGAUGGGACGAACAGCUCCAGUAGCGCAGAUGCCAUGGAGGAGGUAGAGGUCCUGAUGGAGAGAAUGAAGCUGCUUCAAGAAUACCAGCUGGAAGAGGAAGGAGUCACCCAAGAGGAGAUGGAGACUCAUUUUGAGAUGGAAAAGCGAGAGAGCCUACUUGUUACUCCCUCAGAUGUGGUUGAACACUCCCUACCUCCCAACGUGCUGUGUUUUGUAGAGGAUCCAGAGUUUGGAUACAAGGAUUUCACUAGGAGAGGAGAACAGACACCUCCAACGUUUCGAGCCCAGGACUAUACCUGGGAAGACCACGGAUACUCUCUUAUCAACCGCUUGUAUCCUGAUGUGGGCCAGUUGCUGGAUGAGAAAUUCCAGGUGGUGUACAACCUAACGUACAAUACCAUUGCUAUGCAUAGUGGAGUGGACACGUCCAUGCUUCGGAGAGCAAUUUGGAAUUACGUUCAUUGUGUCUUCGGAAUUCGGUAUGAUGACUAUGAUUACAGAGAGGUGAACCAGCUUUUGGAGCGGAGUUUGAAAAUCUACAUCAAGACCGUGGCCUGCUACCCAGAGAAGACCACCAAGAGAAUGUACACCCACUUCUGGAAACACUUCAAACAUUCUGAGAAGGUACAUGUCAAUCUACUCCUGUCAGAGGCCCGCAUGCAAGCUGCCCUGCUGUACGCCUUGCGGGCCAUUACCCGUUAUAUGACCUGACAGGACAGCGCUCCCCCUCGUCCUGCGACAGGCAGACUGGCUGAUGGACAGGGGAGCUUCGAUUUCAAAUGAAUUGUUUCUGGAUUGCAUUGUGAAGAGAGAGAGAGAGAAAAAACCUUUUGUUACCUCACCCUUACUUGUGGCUUUUUUGUGUGAAAUAUACAUUUGUAUUUUGAAAGGAGUCUUGAGCACCUCCUUCCAAGAGAUAAAACAAGAGGUGGAUUGUUUGUCAGUGGAUAUGGAGGAGAGACGUGUUCAGCAACAUGUGUGGCUUAAAAAAGAGAGACUUUGCUCAUGCCUGACGUCCACCAUUGAUGUUGUAGAACCAUCCUUGGUUUGCUAUGUGGAUUGUUGGCUCUGCCACUGGUGAGUAAAACAGUCAAGGGCUACCAGCUCAUGCCUGGAUACUUGGGAGACUCCUAAUGUACUCACAUGCCUUUCUUUAGCCUGGCAUGUCCGUGAGAACCAGCAGUGGCAGCAUCUUAUUUUGCUGUAGCUACCUCCCAGCUACCUCCCCGAUCUCCUUCCUCCAAAACUGGUGUUAGUGCAAUGGACACCAGUAGGUUUGGCUCCAUCGCUUGUGAUGAAGGCACCACUGGACCAGCCGAGGUGAAGAUGUGAAUCGCAACCAAAGAGAUUGCUCAACAGUGAUGCAACGACUGGCCUUCUUCUCUGACUCCCAAAUGUGAUGGGACUUUGAAUGUUUGAGCAGCUUUUCGGUCUCUCUCUUUUGUGGAAGUUAGGGUGACUUGGCAAGAUAAUUGUUGGGAGGCAUGAUUAAAUGAAUCGAAGACAACCUGCAGACCAUGGCGAUGGAUGAAAAAAACGUUUCUCGUUUCUGAGCUUCACAUUUGGAAGGACUGAACCUCAGCUGAUUGUAUUAUUUCACAGACGGACAUGAGAAAAUGGCAGCUGCUUUAAACCAUCCGUAGUAGAUAAAGAAUUGACAUUGCAGGGAACGGUGACCUUCUGAAUGUUGUUGGGCUACAAUUCCCAACAGCUCUAGCCAGCAUAACAAAAGGUGAUGAAUAAUGGGAGUUGUAGUCUCCCAAGAUAUGAAGGGCCAUAUGUUCCCUAGAAUAAAAGGUUGUGUUUGGUGCAGUUGGACAAAUUGCUCUAGAGGGUGCCCAUGAAUGAUGUGCCCUUUGGAUUUUUUUUGGACUUCCGAUUCCAGAAUUCUCCAUUCUGGGAGUUCCAUUUGACAGUCCCACACCCGCCUGGCUUAUCGUCCUAUUAAAAAGGGAAACUCUGGACCGCUUCCUUUUUUUAACAGGAAGUUAGUCCACGAAGGCCGUCAGGUGAAACUCACAGAAUGGAGAAUUCUGGCCGUUGAAGUCCAAACAAGCCAAAUGGCACAUCCGUAGUUCACUGGUCUUUAUUUAGAAUGGGUAAGUGCCUAACUUGUUAAAAUGGGGUAAUGAGAUGUCGAGCUAUGCCUGCUUUCCCUCUUUUGACCCUAUAAAUGGACUACAGUUUCCAGACACCCCAUCCAGUAUGGCCAGGAUAGGAGCUCAAACCCAGCCAUUUGGAGGUUUGGCCUUGCCUUGGCCUUAGAGCAAUGGUGUCCAAACUUGGCCCUCCAGAAGUUCU